GGAGCAGGCGGCCAAGAUGGCGGCGGCGCCGGGCUGCUGAGCGGCCCGCGGGCGGGCGGGCGGCUGCGGGCGCUGCGGGCGAUGCCGCCGCGGCUCUGAGCGCACCGACCCCUCCGGCUGCGGACACUCUUCCCGGCGGGGCCCCGCCGCCCGCGGGGCCGCCGCUGGCGAUGACCGGAGAGAAGCUGCGCUCGCUGCGCAGGGACCACAAGCCCAGCAAGGAGGACGGGGACCUGCUGGCGCCCGGCGAGGAGGAAGCGGCCGCCGCUCCCGGAGGCAUCUUCACCGGGGGCCGAGGCAGCAGCGGCAAGGGCGGGCGGGCCGGCGGCCACCGCGUCUUCAGCAACCACCACCGGCUGCCGCUGAAGGGGGGCCCGGCGCCCGGCCCGCCCGACCCCUGCCCCCCGCACUUCCCCGUCCACGAGUGCGUCUUCAGGGGGGACGUGCGGCGGCUCUCGGCGCUCAUCCGCACCCAGGGCAUCGGCCAGAAGGACAGCCACGGAAACACUCCGUUACACCUUGCUGUGAUGUUGGGACAUAAAGAAUGUGCCCACUUGCUUUUAGCCCAUAAUGCUCCCGUAAAGGUGAAAAAUGCUCAGGGAUGGAGCCCUCUUGCAGAAGCCAUCAGCUAUGGAGACAGGCAAAUGAUUACAGCACUCCUAAGGAAGCUUAAACAGCAGUCCAGGGAAAGUGUUGAAGAAAAGCGACCUCGAUUACUAAAAGCCCUGAAAGAGCUAGGUGACUUCUAUCUAGAGCUUCACUGGGAUUUUCAAAGUUGGGUGCCUUUACUCUCCCGAAUUCUGCCUUCUGAUGCAUGUAAAAUACACAAACAAGGUAUCAAUAUCAGGCUGGACACAACUCUCAUAGACUUUACCGACAUGAAGUGCCAACGAGGGGAUUUAAGCUUCAUUUUUAAUGGUGAUGCUGCUCCCUCCGAAUCUUUUGUAGUUUUAGACAAUGAACAAAAAGUUUACCAGCGAAUACAUCACGAGGAAUCUGAGGUGGAAACAGAGGAAGAGGUUGACAUUUUGAUGAGCAGUGAUAUCUACUCAGCAACGUUAUCAACCAAGUCCAUCACCUUCACACGUGCCCAGACGGGAUGGCUCUUCCGAGAAGACAAAACAGAAAGAGUAGGGAACUUUUUGGCAGAUUUCUACUUGGUGAAUGGACUUGUCUUGGAGUCAAGGAAAAGAAGAGAACACCUGAGUGAGGAGGAUAUUCUUCGCAAUAAAGCUAUCAUGGAGAGCCUGAGUAAAGGUGGCAACUUAAUGGAACAGAACUUUGAGAAUCUAAGGCCAACUGACCAGCUCAGGGUGUUUUCUGAACAGCCCGUCCGGCGACAGUCGCUCACCCCGCCCUCGCCCAACACCAUCACCUGGGAGGAGUACAUAUCUGCUGAGAAUGGGAAAGCUCCUCACCUGGGCAGAGAGCUGGUCUGCAAAGAGAGCAAGAAAACCUUCAAAGCCACGAUAGCGAUGAGCCAGGAAUUCCCCCUAGGAAUUGAAUCGUUGUUGAAUGUUUUAGAAGUAAUUGCACCCUUCAAGCACUUUAACAAACUUAGAGAAUUUGUUCAAAUGAAGCUUCCACCAGGCUUUCCUGUGAAAUUAGAUAUUCCUGUGUUUCCCACCAUCACAGCCACUGUGACUUUUCAGGAGUUCCGUUACGAUGAGUUUGAUGACUCCAUCUUCACUAUUCCUGAUGACUACAAGGAGGACCCCAGCCGCUUUCCUGACCUCUAACCCAACUGGAAGGUGCAUGGUGAGCGCCACCACCAGCGUCCCACAGCGAGCCCAUGGAUGCACACAGCCCACAGGUAGAGAGCAGUGGGUCCUAAAGGAAGGGAGAAACUUAAUAAUCCAGAAGAAAAGGGAACAUGCAUCAAAUGACUGAUGUACUGACACUCACUCUAACGGGCAUCUAGUCUAGUCCCUGAUGUACAGCAAGUCUCCUGACGUGUCCUGCACACUUUUAUACAUCCAGUCUUGCAAGCCUGGUAGUCUGACACCUCGAUGACCCUGAGAAUACUUAACAGCUGUGAGGACUAUCAUUUGUUUUUAAAUUUUUUACAUUUCUUGGUGAUACAAAAAGCACUCUUGGACCAUUAGCAUAAAAGUUGAAAUGUCUUAGCUGGGUAUUAGUCCUCUCAAACAUCCCACCAUACUUAAGAUGACCAUGUUACAUUCUUUCAAGCUUUGUUUUCAUGAAUUGUAAACUAUGUAUCAUGAUGUAUAGUUCAGUAAUUUGAAUGUUAGUUGAACGUAUAAUAGCAGGAAUGCCUUUUCUGUAGAUGAAUGAACCAAAUGGUAACCAUUAAACAGUUGCAUUGUCCUACUGCAAUACACUUCAGAAACAGCAUUGGCUCUGCAGGGAAACAGGUACCUCCUCCAGCACCUUAGUGCAGUCCAUGGUGGUGCUAUCCGUGUCUGAACCCUUCCCUUCUUCACCCAGCUCUUUGGGAAUCCUCCUUCCUUGGCUCUGUGCUUAACUCCUCUUUGUUGUCCUGGCUUGGAAGUCCCAGCUAUGUCCAUCACGCUGUGUUGAUGAGCAUGCUCAGAGGUUCACUAGCUAGAAAUGGUCACUUUUUUCUUCUUCUGUUGUCACAUUCACUUAGGACACUUGCUCCAAAAUGGUUGAGCACCCAGUAGGUUCCCUGGUGUUUGUCUGCAGCAGCCCCUCAAACACAGGAUGUGUGUGGAGAGCUCCUAGCACUGUAGGCUCAAGCACUACAUCUUCAUGGAAGAAGGAGCUUCUAUGUUUAACUGUGGUGCACACUGAACAGGGCUCACUUUGCAGGGUCUUAGUUGCAAAUGCUGAGGAUGUCUCCACAAUCACUUCCUUCCUCUUCAUAUUUUGAGCAGGUAGAUGUUUCAGUACUUUGGCUUCUUGAGCUUAUUCUCAUUCCAAGUGGUUCCAGUCUCCUAAUCUGACAAGAAUCCAGCUCUUUGGUUUGUUAGGAAGAAUUUGUGCAUAAGGCUAAUGGUGCUAUUUGUUUGUAUUAAGAAAUUUAGAUUCAAGUGCUGUGGUGUAAUUGUACAAAAAUGUAAAUAUUUUCAAAGUUAUAUUCUUUGUGCACUGUAGGUAAAACCUUUUCUGAAAAUCAAUAGAGUUAAGUAUCAAACUUUCUAAUAGUCCCGGGAGAACCAUCCCUGUGCUUAGUGAAGGUCACCACCCUCACUAACCAUGCAGGUGGGCAGCAGAGGUGGCUUGGCAUAAGGCAGCAACACUGACCUGUCAAGCACAGGACAGGUGGGCAUGAAGGUUGGAAGCAGAUGUUCUUUCACAACAUCUGGAACACCCCUGUGCACACCCUGGUGAGGCAGCUCUAGGGAAGGCCAGUGUCCCCUCUGUGCAGAGUCCCAGUGAGUCACCAUCAGAGGACAGAGGGGCUGAGAGCAGAGGGCUGAGGUUGGUCCUCCCAGCAGCACUGCACAGUUUGUCUGACAAGUGAGUGAGUUGCACCCUGCAGGCUGGGAUCCGUGCACUGCAGUGACCAACUCAAAAUCCCCCUGAAAAUAGGUCUGUGGGGGGGAAGCAAAGGGAAAUGUAGAACUGUAGUUCCUGCUGAAGUGCUGGAUCAGCAGCAGAUGUGGAACAUCCAUCAGGAAUGACAAAACUUGUUCUUCUGAGUAAUCAUGAAGUCCUGAAGUGUUUCACAUCUGAGGUAGCACCCGACACCCGCUUCCUGGGGAGCAGCUGAGCUCCUCAGCACGGGAGGGCAGGUGGAAUAGACACCCAGGCCCCUGCCAGUGCUGGAGGGCAGGCCUGGCUGGCACUGGGGCCACCAGCAGGUCUCUGCUCACCCUCUUCCAGGCGCCCUUGCAGGGUGGGAUGUUGAGUGUGGUACUGCUGAAAGGGGUGCUGUGCUGGGUGAGAAGCUGCAGCCAGGCAGGUGUUGUCAGGAGUUGCUUGGGAACUUCAGCAAAUGCAGAAUGUUUCUCCACAAGGUGAAUGUUAGAAAUCUGGUUUCUGGCUACUAGAGGGAAGAGCCAUGUGUUUCAUUUUACUUUGCAUUUUUGGUUAUUGCAAAUGCCCAUCACAGAGCUUGCUGACACAGGGAGCAUAACGUAGCUGGAGCAGUGUUGUUCAGGCAACAGAGCCCCUGGAUUCUGGGAUUUACAAAAACCAACAAAGCUUAUUGUGUAGCCUCACGUGAGAACAGGGUUUGUCUCCAGCUGCCUGUACAACAGCCCAUGUCAUCUUCUGGUGGCAAAUGAGGUGUCUGACUCAAAGCCCACUGCAGUUUGUGGAAACGUUUCCUGUGGUUUCCACAGGCUCUGGCUGCAGAUUUUACAGGUUUUUUAACCUUCAUGAUUACCCAGCUCCUGACUUUGAUACAUUUUAAGGUUUGCAGAAACUUUUUAUAGUGGUUUGCUGUACUGAGGCUUGCUCUGGUUUGGCAGGUCAACAGAGGAGAGUGGAUACAGAUGUGGUGGGCUGUUGUCUUUUUACAUGAUCAUGGUGAACAUGCCCUGCUGCUGCUCCUCUUCCUGUGGGGCUGAGGGGUCUGAUUCCACCUGGAUUGCUCUUCCCAACUCAGUUUUUCCCUGUUCCUAUCCCAGCCUCGUGGUGUCCGACCCUCUGAGCUGUUUCUCGGUACGUUUCCUUCCCACUGCAGGUGAUGUGUUUUGUCUGAAACAUUCCUAGUGAGGUGGUUUGAAACCUACACCACAGGGAGGCUUGGGGCAGGGUUUCCUGAUGGAUACUGUGCUGGAAUGCUGGUGAGCCCAGGGUCCUUGGGCUGACCCCAUCUUAGGGACUCUUGUCUUGGUGCAGCUGCAGCCACCCAGAGGCUUGAGGUGUGACACCAGCAGGGCUGUCCUGCUGACUGUUCACAUGGAUACCAGUGGUUUAGUCAUUGGUCUCCUUGCCAGGGCCUGGCUGUGCUGGCAGGAGGUGUGUGUGUGUCAGUUGAGGUGUGUCUGCACAGCAGGUGGGUGACAGAUACUGUGUAGAGGCAGCUGCUGUCCCCAGCUGUGCUGAGGGUACCACUGCCCUGUGCCACAUCCCAUCUCCUGCUCACAUGGCUCUUGGAUACCCCUUCUUUUCCAGUCAGGAUUGAUCUAGCAGAUCUUUCCUUUUCCCCCUUAUCUUUUCCUUCAGACCAUGUGAAGGGCAGGGUUGGUCCUUGCAGAGUGAACACCCGCCCACAGCACCUUCCCAGGGGUUGUCCCAUUUGCUGCUGCCCAGCAGGAAGCAGGUCAGCUUGGACUUGUUCAUUUGCCUUGUGCAUGUGUAGGGACAGUGCAGGGAGAGACCCUGGAUUCCAGGAGUACCUGGGAAACUAACCACACCAGCUGAGGUGUUGGGUGACAAAGGGAGCGGGCACAGGCUGGGCAAGAAUCAGUGUAUCAAGAUGCACACUGACACCGGGGAGUCUUUGAGGUGACAACAGGGCACGAGUGACACGUGUGGAGGAGGAAGCCUCAGGCUGUGGGAGACCCCACUGCUCAGAGCCUGGGGCACUGAUCCUUUCUGAUCUCACCACCUGUUUUUUUCUGAUGGCUGCGAGGUUUUUUAUGAAGUAAGUAUUAAAAGGCAGCCAUUCGUUUUGGUAAACUGAAUUAAAAACUUGUUGCAGAAGAAUUCCUAGGGUUGUUUCUUAACCAAACUGUUUUACUGGUCUUCCAAAAUACUGCUUUAGUUUGGGCAAAGGGAAUGUGUUUGCUUUUUCCUUCCAAGGAGCUGCUGUUCCAGUCACUGUACUCACUUUACUGCAAUUCCUGAUUUAUGUAUUGAAGCGAUUUCUUACAGAAGAACCCUCUGGAUAUAUUUGUGCUGGAAACCCACCUCCUUAAGUUGAUCUUCAAGGCGACUUGUCUGUUUUUUAAAUGUAUCUGUUCUUGAUUUGUAACUCAUGCAAGGAGAACUGCAUUAUUUAAUCUGUAUUAACAAAUUUCCUGUAAUGCUGCCGUUUCACAUUUAUUUUCCUUAAGAUUUGUAAUUUUCAUGGAAACAAUGUCACAUUUCUGCAUUUUAGUAGUCGUCCAGUCCAUGUUUUUAAUUUACCUUCACUAAAAGUAAUUUUUGGUUGUAUCAUUUGUUAGAAUAAAGACCAAAAUAUGCUGUUUGAUUCUGAAA